AUGACAAGGAAUAUGCAAUCCAGAAAUUAGAGAGGGAUAAUUAAAUUUAAAAUUACAUCAACAAUUGGAGAGUGUUCGAACUUGCUUAACAAAAUAACAGCUAAGGCUGAAUCCAUCAAAGAAAACAAUAAUAACCUGAGAGAAGUCAAUUAUGCAUUGUCUAAAUCUAUUAAUCUAGCAUUUGAAAAGAGAAAUCUUUAAAAUGAGAAACAGUUUUACACAGUAAACUAAUUAUUAGUGUAUGAAAGAGUAGAUUUUGUAUAUAAUGAAUUUAUUGAUAAGACUGAUCACAAUUUAGAACUCAACAGAGAUGUCUAAAAUUAUAGUAGAAAAUUGGAAUCCUUGCAUCAAGAAUUGUAUGGUAAUUAUGGAUUAGGUUACUGA